AUGGACAUUGUCAAAUUCGAUGGUCCGUCUAGUGCAGAAAAUCUGUUACCCAACCAUGCCGGUAAAGGAGUAAACGCAAUAGCCAAGAGCGCGGGGAGGAGAAUCAAGGAGAAUAUCGCUGAAGUGAAAACCCCGCUGAGAGAGGUUUGGAAAGAAAUGGUAGAAAAUGGAUUAAUCGUAUCAGAUUUGGAAGAUAGAUCCCAAGGAGUAAUAGACUAUUGUGCAUUCCAUGAUGAAAAAGGACAUGAAAUUCAAGAAUGCAGUGAAUUCAGGGCCCUAGUACAAGGUUUAAUGGACAACAAGAAACUUGAAUUCUUUGAGUACGUCGAAGGAAACGAUGUUUGUGCCUCAGAAGGAGGGUCAUCGGAGAAGGUCUACAGGGCUAAUCACCCAAUAAUAAUUAUUUCACGACUAAGAGCCAACGAAAUCGAGGCACAAGUUACACUGAAGGUCAUAAUUCAAAAACUCGUUGCUUUUCUUUAUAAAGAUAGCAAAAUGGUACCUUGGAAUUAUGACUGCAAUGUGACAUUCCUGAAAGAGGAGGGCCAAGUUUGCACAUUAGAAGAAGAUAAAGAUAUGGGUUCCUAUACACGUAGUGGAAAGCGCUAUGAUGCCCCAAACACAAAAAUAGAACCUGUAAAGGAGAAGUCUUUGGUGGUUGAACAAAGGAAAGAGAAGCCAGAACUACCUGCUAAUGAGCUAAUAACUGAGAGAAAAGCUAAGAAAUUUUUGAAAUUCAUAAAACAUAGUGAGUAUAGUAUCGUGGAGCAGCUACACAAGCAGCUAGCUCGCAUAUCAGUACUGGCUCUACUCUUAAGUUCGGAGACGCACCAUAACGCGCUUAUGAAGGUGUUAAACGAGACCUAUGCCACUGACGACAUUUUAGUAAACAAACUAGAUCAUCUUGUCAACAAUAUUAAGGCCGACAAUUUCAUCUUUUUUAAUGACGGUGAAAUUCCACCCGGGGGCAUGGGAUCCACCAAGGCUCUGCAUAUCACUACCCGUUGCAAGGGGCACACAUUACCGGGAAUACUAAUUGACAACGGAUCGGCACUGAAUGUUUUGCCCCUGUCCACAUUAAACAGGUUACCUGUCGACAACUCUCACAUGAAAUCGUGCCAAAAUAUAGUGAGAGCAUUUGAUGGUAUUGAAAAGAAUGUUAUGGGAAGGAUUGAGAUACCUCUCUUGAUCGGUCCAAACACAUACAAGGUGGACUUCUUGAUCCACUCAACAAGGGCAGUACCAUCAUCACUUCACCAAAAGCUAAAGUUGGUAACGGAGGGCCGAUUGGUAACUAUAAAUGCAGAAGAAGACAUUAUUGCAUCGAUUACCAAUGAUGCACCGUAUAUAAAGGCCGAUGGUGAAGCGAUAGAAUGUUCAUUCCAAUUGUUGGAAUUUGUGAACGCAACUUUCAUCGUCGAGGGAAGCAAAAUCCCAGUGCCCAAAAUAUCCAAAGCUAUGAGGAUAAGCUUGCGACUGACAGCUGGAAAGGGAGCAUUACCUGGAAGAGGACUCGGAAAAUACCUCCAGGGACAGCUAUCAUUAAAUUCAUUUGUUCUUUGGAUAUCUUUGCGUGCCUACAGCAGGUCUCCAUAUAUCAACGACAUGAGUGACUCUGAUACUGACUCAGAAUCUCCUUUUAAACAAGACAUGUGUCUAGAGGGAUCUCAGGAUUUUGAAAAUGACAAAGACUGCAGCUUAUCCCCAGAUCUGUUAAGGAUGGUAGAACAAGAAGAGAAGUAA